AAACUACAUUUGGUCAGAGCAUCCUUCCUACGUAUUUAGAUGACAGUGUCUGAUAAACAUGAAACAAAUCAUAUUGGUGGAGUUUAUAUCACAAAGAGCCUUCUUUGCGUUUGUUCAAGCAAACCAUUCAACCAUCUUUCUAAAUGGAGUUGAUUAUUAUUGUUUUUGUUUACUUGAUAGGUUUUAAAUCUUUUCCACCUGUGUUGUGUAGCUACACAAGAAUGAUCCACAUUCCUUUUUUUUGUUUUAGUUUGCCUGCUGGACUCAGAGUGUCAACUACUCUUCGGAUUCUGGACAUGCGUCCGGACUGCAACCAACAGGGUCUUGACAACUGCAAAAUUAAUAACUGCUCAGAGAAGCGCAUGGUCGUACCUAGAAUUGAUGCUCCUGUCGGCCCAGAAUGGGUUGGUGAGCAUGUGGGAGCCUGGAUGGACAAACAAGGGCCUGUUUCUGUUCUGAAUGUGAAGUGGAAUAUAAGGUCUGAUGGUAAUGUAGUAGCCCUUAAUGGAUCAGAAAUAAAUAUUCUGGAUGAAAGUACAAAUCAAAGUUUGUGUGUGCAGUAUUCUUACAAACUCAACCAACAGCAGAAUCCAAAUUAUAAUAGGUGGGAAUUUUCCAUUGACGGAGUCAUUGUGGAGCCUGGGCAUACAUAUGUGGUGUCAGUUUUAAAUCUGCCAGAACCUGAGAUUGGGCACUACAGAAUUAGUAAGUCAAUCACCAUCCCAGGGUGCAAGGACAAGAAAAUCAAAAGUCCCCAAAUAUGUCCGGAAAAUAAUGAAAGUAGAUGGGAUCCUAACAUGACCACUGCCGUGUCUCUUAAUAAGGAACGUAAAAGGUUUUCCAUUGUUGUGGGUUUUGAGGCAGUGCCAUAUUCUGAGAGAUACCAAGUGUCCAUCCAGAGUCAUGGUUUCUAUUACUCAACUAAUGUCUUGAAGGAAAACAGAUCAUCACUGAAUGUGACAUUUGAGUUUGGUUGGUCUCAGCUCUCACAAUGUAAAAUAUUUUUAAUGAUUCAGCCGUUCUUUAUUCGUUGCAAGAAUGACUGUAAGCCCCAAAAUAAGACAAUUGAUUUAUGCUCAGAUUAUCCACCACGGACUUUCAUUAUAAAAGCAACUGUCGGGCUGCUUUUCAUUGGUGGUUGUCUUGCUUGUUUACUGUGGAGUGCCUCUCAGAAAGAUCCUAUGAACACAGCAUCAUCUGCUGCCAAACAACAACCAGAAGGUUUUCAAGCGCAAGAGAGAAAAAAAGUCCUCGUCAUCUACUCCCUCGAUCACCCUUUAUACAAACCCAUUGUCAUGAAGCUGUGUGCCUUCCUGGGGACCAAAUGUGGUACUGAAGUGGUCCUGGAUCUGUUUGACUCCACAAGACUAGGAGUGUUGGGAAGCGUCCAGUGGUUGGACUGGCACAGAGAACAAAUAGAUAAGAUACUUAUUCUAUGCUCACGAGGAGUGCAAGCCAAAUGGAGAGCCAUGUGUGGUGACAAACAGGUUUUUCUGAGAGAGGAUGCCCGUUCACCUGUUGGUGACAUGCUCAGUCCAGCCCUCAGCCUCAUGAUCCCCCAUUUUAUUCAAUCUGCAUCAUUUGAAAAGUACAUAGUGGCUUACUUUGGUGAUGUUUGUUCUGAAGAAGAUGUUCCUUCACCUUUCAACAUUACAGUAAGAUACAAGCUGAUGAAACAGUUUGAGGAGCUCUUUUUCAGAAUCUUGGACAUUGAGAAGCAUGAGCCCGGCAAAGUAAAUCGUAUUGAAGGGCUUUCAGAGGACGAGUAUCAUCAUUGUCCCUCAGGUGGAGCCCUGCGGGAUGCCAUAGAGGCUUUUCAUGCACACCAGUUGGAGAAUCCACAGUGGUUUGAAGAUGAAUUACUAGAAAGCUCAAAGACCUCAGCUGAAAUCUGUUACGAGGCAGAAAUAACCACAAACCUCAUUACAUAUUCUGUUGCCGACUCAACCCAAAUCACCAGUCAUAGUAAAGACACAAAAAGUGAUUUCAAUGCAGACAAAACAGGACUUUGCGUGGCUGAGAACAUGCAACAAUGUAGUACAUUUCAGCUAACGAUCUUUAGUGCAGAAUACAUAGACAUUGUAUAA